CCCGCCGCUCCCGGAGCCCGCCGCCGAGCCUGCGGGAGGCCAUGGAGCGGCGCGGCCCCGUCCACGCGCUGCCCGAGGAGAUCCGCAAGAUGUCCCGGGAGCAGACAGUGUGCAAGUACUGCGGAGUCAGCUACCUGACACUGCACGAGUUCAAGGUGAUGGAGGACAAAGUCAGAGCCAUGGAGAAGGAGAUGAAAGUUUAUAAGGGAAGCCUGGAACGGGAGCAGAGGCUUCAGGCAGAAUUGCAGGCUCUCCACCACGACCUUGAGCGCUGCCGGGCUGAGAGCGAAUCCAAAACCGAAAGGAUAAAAACCCUGACAGUGGAACUUAAAACCAAGCAGGAGGAAAUGAAAACUGUGAAAGCUGAUUUGCAGUAUUUCCAGGAGGAGAAGGAAGCUGCCUACAAGCAGUCACAGGUGCUCAGAACUACCUUGGAACACCAUUGCUCCACCCUGAACAAGGCUGUCUCACUGUUCCCUUUCAUUAGAAGUGAAUUAGACAGUAUUAAAGAGGUCAUCUCCACCAACAUGGAGAACUUUGCUGCCAUGAAGGAAGAAAUUUUUCGGCAAAUAAAAGCCAUGAGCAAAGAAGCUCUGACAGAAAUACCCAAACUGAACCAAAGACUGGCAAAAUCCCAGCGGGAGAACGAGUGUCUCCAGGAGAAGGUCAAGCACCUCACUGAGGUGGCUGACACAGUAGAGCUGAAAACUCAGCAGCUCCAAACGUCCCUUCAGCAGGGGAACGAGCUCCAGAGUCGGUGCCGUGAGCUGCAGAAGGAAACUCUGGAUUUAACAAAUCAGGUGGAGACAGCUGGCCUGCAGCUGCAGAAGGUGACAGCAGAGAUGGAGCACUACAAGAAGCUGUUGCUGGUGAAGUCAACAGAACUUGAUGUCUGUCAAAAAGAACUGAAAAAGAUCAAAUAUGAGAAUGGAAUUGCUGAGUCCAGACUUACAAAAGAGCUGAAGGAAAAGGAGGAAUCCCUUCUCGUUUGCCAACAAGUCUGCAAACAUUUACAGGAGGAAGUGGCUGAGAAGGAGAGGAGAGAAGAAGAUCUGAAAAGAAGAACUGGGAGAUCAGAGAGUGAGCUGGAAACCCUUAAAGCUCUCCUGAGCCAAACAGAGCAGGAGGUGCUGAUGCUGAAACAGGAAAGGGAGCUGCUGAAGAGCAGGGUGGAGCAGCUGCAGGAGGCGCUGAGGCAGAAGGUGCAGAGCGAGGACUCCUGGAGGGACAAGCUGGAAAAGGACCUGGCCAAAGGGGAGGCUCGGCACAAAGAAGCAAUCCUGAAAGUCAGGGAAGAGGCCAGAGUGGAGCUGGAGCUGGAGAGGAAAAACCAGCAGGAACUGAUCACAAAAUACCAGAGGGACCACGAGGAGCUCCAGCAGAAGAUCCCAGGUUUAAUAUCCAGUGCCACCAAGAGCUUGAGGAUGGAGAUGGAAAUUCUGGAGAAGAAGCUCCAAGAUGCACAAAUGAAAGUGGCAGAGAAGGAUGGAGACAAGGAAAAAGAAAUCCAGAGCCUUAAAAGGCUCAUCAGUGAGCUUGAGUUCCAGCUGACCAUGGAGAAGAGCAACAAUGAAUCAUUCCUGGACAAACUGAGGAAAGAAAUGAAGCACAAGUCAGAUGAACUGGAAAAACUAACCCAGGAGAAGACACAGCUGAUUCACACUUUGAGUCAAGUUCAGGAGGAGGUAGGAGCAGGACCCAGGAAAUGCCUGGUUAUUUUUACUUGGAGACGUGUGAUUUCUAAAGUCAUUCAAAGGUCUGUGACCAGAAAAUCCAUUGAAAUGCAAAGAUUUCUCAAACAAAUCCAUCAUUGUUUCCUAAAUACGGUACAUCACAAAAGAUAUGAAGUUUUAAUUCAGCAAAUGCUUAAAUUAGUGUUUCAUGGGAAAAUAUAUUAUUAAAAAUUAUAUUUCAGAUCCUGCAAGGCCUUUCUUAGCCCAUAGCCUCAUGUUCCACUGCCCAAACAUGAGUAAACAAAAAUGAAUUCUCAGUUUUUAGAGUAGAAGACACGGAUAUUUCUCAUUCCUUGAACUGGUGUCUCAGCUCCCACCACUGCAAGCGUGUUCCCUAACUCAGGAAUCCAUAAAAAUGAAUUAAAUGCAAAGAGAAAUUCAACUGAUGGAUAUUCUAACCACAAACAUUUGCUGAAUGCUUGGAGUAGAAUGGGAAGGGAGGAGAGAGCUGCUCCAUGGGACAUGUGGAGUCAGGAACUGCUGAUAAGAUUAGGCUGGAAUGUCCAAAGCAAUUCAGUGGCAGGAAAAGGAAUUGGUCAGCAGUGAAAAUAAAACUCUUCCACGUGGAUUAGU